AAAGCCAGUCAGGAAAUAUAUAAAGGAGAAGCUCAGCUCAGCUCUCAGCCAAGGUCCUUCCAGGCAAGAUGAAUCCUACCAGCUUCUUCCUCCUUACAUUGCUCCUGGUUCUGGUGACAGAACCAGCUGCAGGAAGACCCCGUGAUAGAUUUGCACAUGACACAUCAAGAGAAAACCUUGAACUAGAGAUCCUGGGGAGCAGUGGGGGAUCGAGUUCUAUCCAUAAUGAAUACAGACACAGUGAAAGCUCAUGGAGUACCUUUAAAUCAAAAAAUCCCAGGACUACCAUCACAGAGGAAUUCUAC